UAUAUUAUCAACUUAAUAAAAUUUUAAUUAAGAUGUGAUUUCCAGACAGGCAGCGGUUCUCUCUCUCUCUCUCUCUCACAGUUCCACGCUUUGUUCCCCUUUCUCAUUUUUGGGUGUCCGUUGCAGCCCUAAAUUCCUCAAUUCCAUUCUGUUCCCAAGGAGCGAAAAAAAUAAAACAACCCAAAACAAAAGAGGAGAGAAAAUCCAGCGUCAGUGCUUGGUUGGGGUUUAUAAUUUUCGAAAGGCGGUGUGAAAGGGGAAGGGGAAGGCGACGGCGGGGUUUGAAUGAGGAGGAGAUAAAUAAGUUUGGGAAUUAGAAAUUGAACAAACUGCGGACGACAUGGCCACCGCGGAGUUGCAGAUGAGCCCUCAGUUGGAGCAGAUCCAUGGUGAAAUUCGCGAUAAUUUCCGUGCUCUUGCAAAUGGCUUCCAGAGGCUGGAUAAGAUCAAAGAUUCCAGUAGGCAAAGCAAACAGCUGGAAGAACUUACUGCCAAGAUGAGGGAAUGUAAAAGAUUAAUCAAGGAGUUUGAUCGUGAAAUUAAGGAUGAGGAAAGCAGAAAUCCUCCUGAAGUAAAUAAGCAACUCAAUGAUGAGAAACAAUCUAUGAUCAAAGAACUGAAUUCCUAUGUGGCAUUGAGGAAAACAUACAUGAAUACCCUUGGAAACAAGAAAAUUGAACUCUUUGAUAUGGGAGCUGGAGUCAGUGAACCUACAGCAGAUGAAAAUGUUAAAGUGGCAUCAUCAAUGUCAAAUCAAGAGCUUGUUGAUCAUGGGAUGAAGACAAUGGAUGAAACUGAUCAGGCCAUUGAACGCUCAAAAAAGGCUGUUGAACAAACAAUUGAAGUUGGAACUCAAACUGCUGUUACUCUAAAGGGCCAAACUGAACAAAUGGGCCGGAUUGUAAAUGAGCUGGAUACAAUUCAGUUCUCAAUUAAGAAGGCAUCGCAGCUGGUGAAGGAGAUUGGUAGGCAGGUGGCCACUGAUAAAUGCAUCAUGCUAUUUCUAUUUCUUAUCGUUUGCGGUGUUAUAGCCAUCAUUGUUGUGAAGAUUGUGAAUCCAAACAACAAAGAUAUCAGAGACAUUCCCGGAUUGGCACCUCCAGCACCUUCGAGGAGAUUGUUAUAUCUAAGGGAAUCGCAAUAAUUUGAAUAGGUUCAUUGUUUGUUUCAGCUUUAUGCUUGAGUGAACGGGAUUGGAUUGGAACGGGGAGAUGCUGUUUGAGGGAUGUAUCUGAUUUUUCUGUUAUCAAUUUUUAUGAAUUGAGAUGUGCAUAUAUCCGGUUUGUGAUGUUAGUCUGUGUAAAUCAUGUGGGAGCUGUUUUUGAAUUAUUGGAAUGAGAUACUAUGGUUCUUUCUUUGGGUCA